AUGCGUUUCACCUUCGCCGCUGCCACUGCCGUCCUGGCCGGCCUCGCUGCCGCCGCUCCCAAGGGCUGGACCGACAACGGAAACUGCCCUGACACGGUUGGCGACUGCCUUACCGAUACCCAAGCCGAAGAGAUCGUCGCCGUCUACGAGACGCUCAUCUCGCGUUCGGUCACAGGUGCGGAAUUCAAUGCCACGGCCGACAGUAUCCUCGCCGACAGCUUCUUCACCAUGUCCAACUCAAUCAACGCCGAGAUCCGCAAGCCCCUCGAGGCCAUGACCAUCCCCUCCCCCACAGCCUUCAAGGCCGUCUUCAGCGCGCAACCCCCAACCGACGGGACCCAGACGCUCGACAUGUUCCACUCGUGCGACAAGAUCGCCUGGCGCUGGCUGGGCACUUCGCCCGAGGGCUUACCGGUCCGCGGCCUCACCAUGAUGAACAUCACAGCCGAUGGCAAGAUCGCGGACACUUUUGUCGAGUACUUCCGUCCUGCGUUGUAUAACUGCACCGCUGCGUAA